AGAAAAGGGGAUAAAGAAGAAGAGGAGAAGAAAGAAAAGAAAAGGCAAAACGAUAAUAACCAGAAUUGAAAACAAAACUGGCAUCUUUUGUGGCUAAAAUUGAGCAAAGCCAUUGAAUCAUUUCGUUUGUGAGCUUGCAAUGGAAGCUCUUCUGGGAAGUUCACCUUCUCCUCCAUUCAUCAUUACCAGAAGAAACCCCAUAAUUGCUUUUAAGGUGCUUUCAUGGAAUUCUUUGUGCACCACAAGUAAUAACUCUCGAUUAUAUCCCAUAUUGUGUCUGAAAAGAAGUGGCAAUGAGAACUCUGGAAGUUACUCUCCUUUAUGCUACAUUGAGCAAAUGUACAAAAAUGAAAUGUUUUCUCAGCCAAUCUGGAGGCGCAGCAAAAUAUUCAUAGAUAAGAAAGGUUUGCUUAUUAUACAAAACGGCUUAGCUUUUCUACCAAGAAAAUUCAUAACCAGUCUCCGCAAAACAGUAAAGCACUCGGAAAUAUUUAAUAGUAAAGUACCUGAUAUGUUUGUUCGGUCCUGCAUUGGACUAAUGCUGGUUAUGGCAGCUAAUUCUGCUGUCGUCAAAGCGCCUUCUUUUGCUCUCACCGAAGAAAAUAUACUUUUCCUGGAGGCAUGGAGAACAAUUGACCGUGCAUAUAUUGACAAAACCUUCAACGGUCAAAGUUGGUUUAGGUACAGAGAAGACGCACUACGAAAUGAACCAAUGAACACAAGACAGGAAACAUAUGCAGCAAUAAAAAAGAUGAUUGCCACUCUAGAUGACCCUUUCACCCGUUUUCUGGAGCCCGAAAAGUUCAAAAGUUUGCGGUCGGGAACUCAAAAUGUGCUUACUGGAGUAGGGUUGUCAAUUGGCUAUCCAACAGGGAAAAAUGAAUCAGCCCCCGGACUGGUCGUUAUCUCAGCUUCUCCAGGAGGCCCCGCAAAUAGGGCUGGCAUCUCAUCUGGUGAUAUCAUCCUACAAAUUGACAAUACUAGCACAGAAAACAUGGGUAUAUAUGAUGCAGCAGAACGGUUACAAGGACCUGAAGGAAGUAGCGUGGAACUAACCGUACUUCAUGGAUCCGAGACAAGGCAGCUACCGUUGAUACGGGAGAAAGUUUCUCUGAAUCCGGUAAAAUCAAGAAUCUGCAAGCUAUCUACUGGAGGAGAUGAUGCUCCUCAGAUCGGAUACAUCAAACUAUCAUCAUUCAACCAAAAUGCUUCUGGUGCUGUAAGAGAGGCGAUCGAAGCCUUAAGGAAAAACAAUGUUAAUGCCUUUGUCCUGGAUCUUCGGGAUAAUAGUGGGGGUCUCUUCCCUGAAGGAGUUGAGAUAGCAAAAAUUUGGUUGGACAAGGGUGUGAUUGUAUACAUUUGUGACAGCCGUGGUGUUCGAGAUAUUUAUGACACGGAUGGGAGCAAUGUCGUAGCUGCUUCAGAACCCCUAGCUGUGCUGGUAAACAAGGGGACUGCAAGUGCAAGUGAGAUUUUAGCAGGUGCGUUGAAAGAUAAUAAGCGUGCACAGCUGUUCGGCGAACCAACAUAUGGCAAGGGUAAAAUCCAGUCGGUAUUCCAGCUAUCAGAUGGCUCUGGCUUGGCUGUUACAGUUGCUCGGUAUGAAACUCCUGCUCACAACGAUAUAGACAAGGUUGGUGUAAUCCCGGACCAUCCUUUGCCAGCAUCAUUUCCAAAAGACGACGAGAGCUUCUGUAAUUGUCUUCAAAAUCCCGCCUCUGCUUGCCACCUAAAUCGAGUCAAGCUAUUCUCAAAAUGACUGAAAAUACCUUGAGUCGAGCUAUUCUCAAAAUGAAUGAAAAUACCUUACUUUUCAACAUAUUGUUUGUAGAUACCAUUGAUUCUUUUACCAGAUGCAAGUUGAUGAGUUUGCUUGCAUGCAUUUGAUGUUUGUACAUACAAAGAACCAAGAACAAGGGACAACUUCAAUUUCUAUUGUUGAACUCUUGCUCUAAAAGGGGUCAAUUUUGCUCCUGAACUAUUUGAAAUGGAACGACUUUUCCCUC